AUGGUCAACGGGCACAAGGAUUAUGUCAGUGUGACGGUGCUGUUUAUUGUCAAUUUGCUCAAUUAUGUCGAUCGGUAUACUGUAGCAGGUGUCCUCACGCAGGUUCAAACCUAUUAUGAUAUAUCAGACAGUCUGGCAGGAUUGAUUCAAACAGUCUUUCUAAUAUCGUUCAUGAUAUUCUCGCCUGUUUGCGGCUACCUUGGUGAUCGCUUUAAUCGCAAAUGGAUAAUGAUCAUUGGCGUCGGAAUCUGGCUGAUGGCCGUAAUCGCGUCCACCUUCAUACCGUCGAAUCUCUUCUGGUUGUUUUUGGUUCUUCGCGGUUGCGUUGGAAUCGGUGAAGCGUCGUACUCGAAUGUAGCACCGUCAUUAAUCUCCGACAUGUUCUCGGGUCAAAAGCGUAGCACGGUCUUCAUGAUAUUCUACUUUGCUAUUCCCGUCGGUUCAGGACUUGGAUUCAUCGUCGGAUCGAAUGUGGCUACUCUCACCGGACAUUGGCAAUGGGGCAUCAGGGUGACCGCCAUCGCAGGACUACUCGUUUUAGUAGCCUCCAUUUUUCUUUGCUAUGAGCCAGAGAGAGGAGCUGCAGAUAAAGUUGAAGGCGGGAAAGAUGUACAUGUUGAAUCGUCAGGUUCCUACGUGGAAGAUUUGCGAAGCCUUUUGAAGAACACAACAUUUGUCGCAUGCACGUGGGGCUACACGGCUUUGGUAUUUGUUUCAGGAACUCUAUCCUGGUGGGAGCCAACCGUUGUCGAGCAUCUGACGGCAUGGCAUCAGAACUUAACAGACACCAAGAUGCUGCCGAGCGCUGACAAGGAUCGAGUCUCCUUGUACUUCGGAGCCAUCACAACAGCAGGAGGAUUGCUUGGUGUCAUUAUGGGAUCAAUGAUCUCAAAGUGGUGGUCAGCCGGAGUCGGGCCAUUCCAAAGAAUUCAAACGGACCGCGCGCAGCCCCUAGUUUCCGGAGCUGGUGCUUUUAUGGGAGCACCACCACUUCUGAUCGCCAUGCUUUUAGGUGAAAAGAGUUUGGUUCUUUUAUAUAUCAUGCUCUUCAUUGCUCUCACUUGCCUUUGCUUCAACUGGGGAUUAAAUAUUGACAUGCUCACUACCGUGAUUCAUCCUAAUCGGAGAAGCACCGCGUUCUCCUACUUUGUCUUAACCUCUCACUUGUUCGGCGACGCCUCAGGACCGUACAUUAUUGGAGUGAUUUCCGACUGGAUCCGAGGCGGAUCAAGGCUUCCUAAGGACCAGUACCACUCCCUGGUGACGGCCACUUAUUGUUGCGUUGGACUUCUGUCUCUGUCAGGGGUUCUGUAUUUCAUCUCAUCGAUGACACUACUCAAAGAUCGGCAGCGAUUCCGUGAAGAAAUGGGUCUUGAAGGAAGGCCAAUGAAGAUUUCGACGGAUAGUUUGGAGAGGAUCGGAAUCGAUGAAGAGAUGACAUCGAAGCUUUAA